AUGACGGAGUACAAGCUUGUGGUAGUUGGGGACGGAGGCGUCGGCAAGUCCGCCCUCACCAUCCAGCUCAUCCAGAACCACUUCGUCGAAGAAUACGACCCGACGAUCGAGGACAGCUAUCGGAAGCAGGUAAGACGAUUGAGGGGGGAAAGAGCAAAGAGUUAUGAGCAUCCGAUCUGCACAUGUGGCGGUGGCAAAUUGGAUGCAAACGAUGACAUUUGGGAGAGGAAGAGGGUACGAUGAGUCAGAUGGGCAGACUCUUUCCGGAAUGAGUAACAUCAAGAAGACAUUUGAAUCGAACUUUUCAUCGCAAUUUGCACGGACUUCAUCCACUUGCUUUUUGAACUCAAACAUAGAUUAGUGUGCAGAAAACGCAGAGAAUAUGUCGAGCCAAGUGGAAUUCUGUUUCAGAUGGUGAUAGACAAGGAGACUUGCCUGCUCGACAUACUCGAUACCGCCGGUCAGGAAGAGUACUCGGCGAUGCGCGACCAGUACAUGCGAACAGGUGAGGGAUUCCUGCUCGUGUUCGCCGUCAACGAAGCCAAGUCGUUCGAGAAUAUGGCCAACUACCGAGAGCAGAUCCGGAGGGUGAAGGAUUCGGACGACGUGAGUUAUCCGGCUGUGCAAUCUAUCUAUAUUAGUAUUCCGCAGGUGCCGAUGGUGUUGGUGGGCAACAAAUGCGAUCUGGCAGCCCGAUCCGUCGACACUCGGACCAUCAGCGAAACGGCGAAAGGAUACGGAAUCCCGACGGUCGAGACUUCAGCCAAGACACGCGAAGGAGUCGACGACGCCUUCCAGACGCUUGUCAGAGAGAUAAAAAAGGUACUUUUCAGAAUCCGCAUCAUUGCUAUUCUCAAAAUAGCCGACACUACAUUUUUGUUGUCCGGAAAUCGCAGUUAUCAUGCUAUCACUUUGUAAUUUCCUUUUUUUCAGCAUCGGGAACGUCACGACAACAGCAAGCCGCAGAAAAAGAAGAAGUGUCAGAUAAUGUGA